AUGCCUCGCGGAAACGGCCCAGCCUCCAAAGUCCACUAUAAGGGCGCCACAGACGACUACAUCGUGUUCGUGGAAUCUCCCGAGGAUCUCGAGAGCUGGAAGAAAGACAAGUCCAUCCCAUUGGUGCAAGUGGUCGAUAGCUUCAAGAUCCUCGUCUCCCAUAAGCACGGUGCUCAGGGUGAGCUCGACACUGCGAGCAAGUCCAGCUUGGAAAAUGAGUUCGGAACCUCCAAUGAGGACGAUAUUGUGAAGAAGAUUCUUGAAGAAGGCCAGAUCCAGACCUCAACUACAUCCCAACGUACCGGAGUGCGCAAUGAGACCAUGGGACCGAGACAGGGUCACGGUACAUCAUAG